GUGGGAUGGGGACUAAUUGGAUUUAUUUGUAGUAUGUAAAAAUGCUUUGUUAUGCAUUACUUAUCAUAGUCUUGCUACUGAAAUUGCUACUAUGUAUUUUGCCGUGUAUCUAAUGAUGAUUGGUUGUGCCACUGUCAGGUUCUCCUUUGUACAACAAAAAGGGGGCGGCUGCAGGAGUUCGCUCUCCCCUCACGCACACCUGGGCGCAGCAGCUCAGUGCCAUCCAAACACUUGCCCCGCGGGCGCGGUUCUUCCCGCAGCUGCCAGCAUGCUGCUGUGCUCCUGGGGGCUCUGCGGCCGUGAGGCUGAAGCAGCGAGUCUUCCCCAGGCCUCUGUGCCGCAGCUGUUGGCUCUGCACCGUCGCGUCCCGCACGGUGUCUCCUCUGCCCUGCUCCUGGCGCUUUCCGGCCUCGCCCAUCCCUGGCCUUGCUCGCUCGGCUCCGGCACAGCCCUGUUUGUUCACGGCCCCCACCGACAGGCUGCUGCCUCUCACGGCGCUUUGCUACCGCUCCUAGGCUCCAGCGUCUGCAGCCUGCGCUCCGAGGGCGUCCCCGGCCCGUGGCGUCACAACGAGCGGGGGCGUGUCCUCCCCGUGACGUCACAGCGGGCGGGGGCGGGGCCUGGGCUAUAAAAGGCCGGCAGGGCGCAGUGGCAGCAGGCAGUGGCCGGUUGGUGCCGCGGUCUGGUGCUCUCUCAGCAGACUGCAGCCUCAGCCUCUGCCACCCCCAGCAGUGUUGGGGGAUCUGCGUGUGCAGAGCCAGAAGGUCCCUGAGGAUCUUCACCGAGGGCUUGUGGUGGUGACGACUUGAGAGUGCCUCAGGCAGAGCAGAGCUGUGCUGUGCAGCACUCUCUUAGUCCCAGCCAUGGACCCCAUGUCUGUUCUAUUGCCAAUUCUCUUGGUCUCCCUCACGAUGAACGUCUUGGACUGGUGGAAAAGUAAGCUGAGACGUAAGAGAAAGGAGGAGAAAGCUGCAGCCAAAGCUCAGCGAAAGGCUGAGAAAGAAUUAAGGCAGCGAAAGGACUCAGUGAGAGGUCGCCUGCAGGAGCAGAGAGCUUCUGAGCAGGUGGCUGAACAAGAGCAGGAGCCGAGGCCGACCCCAGAGGUGCAAGGGGCACAAAAGGAGGCAGCACGGAGGGACCCCAGGGCCACAGAAGAGCUGCAGAAGCAGCAGCAGAAGGAGUGGUGGGCCCCAGAGAACAAGGCCAUCAUGGCCAAGAUGACACCAGGGGAGAUGCUGGAGGACAUGCCACGCUCGGAGCACAGGAGCUCCUCCAGCAGCUGCUCUAGGGCGAAGCAGAUAAAGAAGAAGGCAGGGAAGAAGACAGUGGAGUGGUGGGCUCCAGGGAACGAGGCCAUCAUGGCCAAGAUGAGUGUCCGGGAGAUGCUGGAGGACAUGCCACGCUCGGAGCACAGGAGCUCCAGCAGCUCCUCUGAGGAGCCUGAGCUAAAGAACCAGGCAGGGAAGAAGAUAGAGAAGUGGUGGGCCCCAGGGAACGAGGCCAUCAUGGCCAAGAUGACAACACGGGAGAUGCUGGAGAACAUGCCUGCCUUGGACCCCUGGAGCUCCAGCAGCUCCUCUGAGGAGCCUGAGCUAAAGAACCAGGCAGGGAAGAAGAUAGAGAAGUGGUGGGCCCCAGGGAACGAGGCCAUCAUGGCCAAGAUGACAACACGGGAGAUGCUGGAGAACAUGCCUGCCUUGGACCCCUGGAGCUCCAGCAGCGACUCUGAGGAGCCUGAGCUAAAGAACCAGGCAGGGAAGAAGAUAGUGAAGUGGUGGGCCCCAGGGAACGAGGCCAUCAUGGCCAAGAUGACAACACGGGAGAUGCUGGAGAACAUGCCUGCCUUGGACCCCUGGAGCUCCAUCAGCUUCUCUGAGGAGGAGGAGGCAGCCAGGAGCAGGGCAACAAAGAGGAGGAGCCAGGAGCCCAGGACCAUGCCGGGGGGCUCCGCUGCCAAGUCCCCUCAGAGCUCUGCAUCUCCCUCGGGCUCCAAUGUCCAACAGCCUCUCCAGCCUUCGGAGCAGCAGAAGGAGCCUGGCAAAGAGCCGAGCCCAGGCGGGGUCCAAGUCCCAGAGCCUGGCACGGAGCAGAGCCAGGACAGUAGCCAGCAGCCGCAGCAGCCUACGCCUGCAGCCGCCCGGGCGAGUGACGCCGGGGCACAGAGCAGCGCAGAGGAGCCCAGCAGUGCAGGGAGGAAGCCGAGCACGCAGCAAGCUGGGCUCUGGAGCCGCCUGAAGAGCUGCUGCAUUCGCUGCUGGCUCUGCAGAUGCUGCCCCUGUUUGCAGCGCUGCUGCCCCUGCUUGCAGCGCCGCUGCCCCUGUUGGCAGCGGAAGAAGCAGGAGGUCCCCUAGGGGACAGCCCGGGGGGGAGGGACGGGGACUGGUGGGGUGCAGAAAUGGGCUUCAUCUCUUCAACACAGGCCAGGGGUUCCCAUCACCGUCAGUCCGUGCAGGGCUUCCACGCCUGAGGUCAAAGGGAGCAGCUCAGCACCUCCUCAGCUCCUCACAGCUUCCCUACCAGACGGGGAAGGCUGCGGGGGGCUGCUGGGCAGAGGAGGGGACAAGGAGGAAGCCACUGUCCCCCUACAGGAGCUCCUGGACUCCCUGCCCCGUGUGCAGCCUCUGGGCUGCCUGCGUGUCUGCAACAGCAGCUGUGGAAACUCCAAGUGCGGUAGGACGCUGCAACGGCGAACUCCCUUUCCCCCCCUUGCUCC